AUGCCUUCAGUCGCUCCUGCUCAGCCCACUAAGAUCGUCAUCCCCGACCUUGUCUCUCACUGCACGUUCCCUAUUCGUUGCAGUCGUUAUCAUAAGCAGGCGAGCGUCGAGUCGAAGCGAUGGCUCUUCCAAGGCGGCGAACUCAGUGCUAAGAAGCGCGAUGCGUUCCACGGCUUGAAGGCGGGGUACUUGACGUCCAUGUGCUAUCCGAAUGCUGGGUUCCCUCAGCUGAGGGUGUGCUGUGACUUCAUGAACUACUUGUUCCACCUCGACAAUAUCUCGGACGAGAUGAACGACCGAGGUACCUCCAACACGGCGGUUCAGGUCUUGGACGCCCUGUACCAUCCUAACCUUCCUCGGCCUCCGUCGCGUGUGGGCAUCAUGACCAGAGACUAUUGGAUCCGUCUCAUUGCUACUGCCUCUCCUGGGGCUCAGCAGCGCUUCAUUGAGACGUUCGACAUGUUCUUCCAGUCUGUUACUCAGCAGGCCAUGGACCGCGCGAACGGUGUUGUGCCCGACCUCGAGUCCUACAUCUCUGUGCGUCGGGACACGAGUGGGUGCAAGCCUUGCUGGGCGCUCAUCGAGUACGCGUACAAUCUGGAUUUGCCCUGGGAAGUUAUGGAUCAUCCUGUCAUCCGGGGUCUAGGGGAGGCGGCGAAUGAUCUAGUGACUUGGUCUAAUGAUAUCUUCUCGUAUAACGUCGAACAAUCAAAAGGGGACACUCACAACAUGAUCGUAGUUGUGCAGAGACAAGAGGGCGUCGACCUUCAGACGGCAGUGGACUUUGUCGGCGAUAUGUGCAAGCAGAGCAUCGAUCGUUUCUCGGCGCUUCGGGAAGAGCUCCCGUCGUGGGGCCCUGAGCUCGACGCGCAGGUAGAGACCUACGUCGAUGGUCUCCGGGAUUGGAUUUCUGGCAGCCUGAAGUGGUCCUUCCUCUCGGAAAGGUACUUCGGCAAGUCAGGGCUGGAGGUGAAGAAGACCCGCAUCAGCCAUCUAAUGCUCAGAGGCUCGUUCUUUUAA